CUUUAUAACUCUGGCAAUAACAGGACGGCAUUCAGAGGAACAUCAGCUGUCUCAUGAUGUGGCACGUACUGGCCAUCAGUUUACUUCUGAUCGCUCAACUGCACAAUGUUCUGACUAAGUCCCAUUAUACCUCUCUGGGAUCCCAUUGUGUUAGUGCUUGUAAACUAAGCAACACUCAUUACGUUUGCACAGGUGUUCAGCAAGAUGGUCAUUAUGCUUCCAUGUAUUGCUCUCCUCAGGAAGGAGUUGACUAUCAAGGAAGGAAAUGCAGGCAGGAUAAACCAUGUAAUAAGUAUGACAAAGAUUACUACUGGUGUUAUGUCGAAGGUCAAUGGAAUGAAUGGGGUUAUUGUGGAGAAGUGAAAGAGUUCUUGGAGCAUUUGACUGCAACGUACCAUAUUCCCUGUCAGAAUAAAUGUGAUAAACAUGGAUCAACAUCUUAUUAUUGGUGUAACACAAGGAAAGGUUGGGACUACUGCUCACCUAAACCAGGUCUGAGCAUUUAUGGAAACAAAUGUUACUAUGGACAUCCCUGUGAAUACAGUGACAAAUCUAAGAAAAGCACUGAGUGUUAUUUAGAAAAUGGUAACUGGGAGAUUUGUGGAAAGGUGCAUGAAAGAGAUUUAGUAUAUGUAAGCUCUUCCUACAAACUUGUAUGUCAGGAUGAAUGUUCUACAUAUCAUAGUGGUUAUUAUUGGUGUCACACUUUGAAAGGGUGGGACUACUGCUCUCCAAGUCCAGAUGUCACCUUCAGAAAAAAACAAUGCAGCGAAGAUCACAAAUGUGGACUGAAUGGUGAGAGCUACUAUUGGUGCAGGACUGAAACAAGUUGGAACUCUUGUGGGCCAGUAGUAGAGGGGGAGUGUGUCUAUACUACAGCAAGUAAUUUUUUAUUGAACACAGAACUUAUCUGUACAACUGGUAAUGGGUUGAACACAAGACAUAUUAGAUUUGAGAUGCAGGCUGCUACUGAAUUAUUGGAUGGCACACCCUACCUGGAAACUGCUAUCAAUUUGAUUGCUCGUUGGCAUAACGGUCUCUUACAAAGUCAAAACCGCACUAACUUAAUCAAAGAAGGCAACCUGAGCAUUGAUCUUCAUGAAUCUGUUGUCAGUGAAGUGCAUUACUACAACCUCCAGAUUAGAGUCAAUUUUAAAAGUGUUCCUAAACAGGGCACUACCAUUUCCGAGAUUCUAAUUCCUAUAGGGAAAAAUAUUCCUGAGAAAUAUUUCCGCAGAGCAUUUUCUGAAAGCAUUCUUAGGCAAGCCCCAGUUAAACUAAUGGAGGUACAGUAAACAACGUUAUCAGUUGAAACAUGGAAGUUUACUCUUACAUAUUCUUUAUCAUUCUUUAGCUUCUCUGUUCAAAUUGUGCUUGAAAUUUAUCAAUGUGUGUUCAUUCUUACAGAAAUUAGUUGUAUGCAUAUAGCACUGCAUUGUAAAGGUACUGAAAAGUUACUUUUACCUUUUUUGUACUGCUCCUGCAUUUUCAUUAGAAUAAAGCUUCUU